UUUGCCAUGUUCAGCUUGUGUUGCAUGCAUCUCUAUUUACUUUGCCCUUUCACCUUUUUUCACUGCUGCUUUUGGUUUGUAGCCUGUAAUCUUCGCUAUUCGGCCUUCAAUGUAAAUGAAAUGAGAAUUUUUCAUGGUAAGGGGAAAAAGGGAAGGAAAGAAACUUCCAGCUGGCUGACGUAAAUUAUGCCAACAAACGCACAAGUUUUACGUCCAAUUUCAGAAUUGGAUGAAAUUUUUUAUAAAAUAAUAUCCAUUUAAUAUCAAUAAAAUUUUAUAAAUAGAUCUCCAAAUCUGAUCAAGUCCUUUCCCCACCGAGACUAGCUUUUCCACACACACACAAAAAUGCUGACCAUUUUACUUUUUUCGUUUUUAGAUUGCAAAACCAUUCCUCACCACUUCUAUAUAUAGUUAUAUAUAACUUUGGAAUCAAGUACUUAGCUCCACAGCCAAUUUGCAUUGCAUCACAGACAUGGAGUUGCUUUUCAUUCUCUUCUCAUCUAUCUUCUUCCUGUUUCUUAUCUACAGAACAACACGAACAGGAGAAAAUCUUCCACCAGGUCCUCCAGGUCUUCCUCUCAUCGGCAAUCUUCACCAGCUUCUUGGCUCUGGUCCACAUCGCCAGUUGUGUCAUCUCUCCAAGCAAUAUGGUCCUCUCAUGUUCCUGCGCUUUGGCAUCAAGCCCACCAUAGUUGUUUCCUCUGCCAGAAUAGCCAAACAAGUCAUGAAAACUCACGACCUCGUAUUUGCUAGCAGACCCUCCAUGCUUGGUCAACGGAAAUUGUCGUACAAUGGCUUAGACCUGGCUUUCACUCCCUACAGUGACUAUUGGAGAGAAAUGAGAAAAUUGUGUGUCCUCCAGCUGUUUAGUUCUAGGCGCAUGCAGUCCUUUCGUCCCAUACGGGAAGACGAGGUUGUGCGAAUGAUUCGGAAGGUAUCUCAAUCUGCUGCUUCUUACAGAGUGAUCAACUUGAGCGAGACGUUGAUGUCUUUCACAAGCACUUUAAUUUGUAGGAUUGCUUUCGGGAAUAGGUAUGGUGUGAAAGAUGAAGUGAGUGAGAGAAGCAGAUUUCAUGGACUGCUAAACGAAGCUCAGGCUUUGAUGGCGGAAUUCUUCUUCUCAGACUAUGUGCCAUGGUUGGGGUGGGUUGAUAGACUCAGAGGGCUUCUCAAUCGAUUGGAUAAAACCUGCAAGCAGCUCGACAUGUUCUACGAACAUGUCAUCAACGAGCACAUGAAUCCAAGAGAACCUCAAACCGACCAACAAGACAUCAUUGAUGUAUUUCUUCAAAUAAUGAAUGCUCCUUCAACCUCAGUUGUUCUCACUUUGGAUCACAUCAAAGCUUUGCUCAUGAAUAUAUUUGUAGCAGGAACAGACACGAGUGCAGCGACUGUAGUUUGGGCGAUGACUGCAUUGAUGAAGAAUCCCAGAGUGAUGAAAAAGGUACAAGAUGAAAUCAGAAUGUUGUGCGGCGAGAAAGAUUUUACAAGUGAGGAUGAUAUAGAAAGGCUUCCUUAUUUCAAAGCGGUGGUGAAGGAGACUCUGAGACUGUUCUCACCUGUGCCUCUACUUGUGCCAAGAGAAUCCAUGGGAAGGUGCAACAUAGAAGGGUACAAGAUUGAACCAAGAACUCUAGUUUUGGUGAAUGCAUGGGCUAUAGCAAGAGACCCGGAGACAUGGGAAGAGCCAGAACGAUUUUAUCCAGAAAGGUUUUUCAACUGUUCAGUUGACUACAAAGGGCAUGAUUUUGAGCUGAUUCCAUUUGGAGCUGGACGUAGGAUUUGUCCCGGAAUGCAAAUGGGAGUAACCAACGUGGAGCUUGCACUUGCUAAUCUUGUUCGAUCUUUUGAUUGGGAAUUGCCUGCUGGUAUGGUGGAGCAAGACAUCGACACAGAGUGCAUACCAGGAAUAACCGUACACAAGAAAAAUGAUCUCUGCCUAGUCGCUAAGAUCCACAAAACAUGCCCAUGCUAUUGACAUAGUUUUCUAAUGAUCUCUGACUGGGCUUGUGCUUCUUAUUUAAGAUAACAAUAACGCAAUGUGUAAUAAUUAGGCCAUGGAAUUCCACAACUUUUGUUUGUUUUAGGGAGUUUUUAAAUCCAUCAUUUUUGUUUGGGAAACACCCAUUAAAUUUCAGGCCUAUAAAAAAAAACGCAUUGAACAACAUUGCAAAAUGAGAUUGGGUCGCUUCGGUUGGGCUUGGGCCUCAUGUUUGCUAGCCUUCUUUCUGCAUUCAAGUUUUGGGAUAUGAGCUAAUGCAAUAUGACCCAAUAUGCUGGAUAGUAUAUAAUUGAUUGAAUAUUCCUCAA